AGGACCUUGAUGGUAUCCAAUUUGUGUAUGUGGCUGUUCAACCUUAAGUCGGUGCCUACUACUGUGACAUCUGUGAUCAUCAUGUAAUCAAUAUGACUUCAAAAAUUAAAAUAACAGUUGAGGAUGGGAAUAGAGAUGAUAUAGUAGUCUUGGUUGCCGAGGUUUAUAAAGGUUGUAGGUGGAGAUAGUUAUCCUGUUCUUCUUCAAAAGUUGGUUAGAAAGAAGUUCUUGCUAAAGAUAGAUACUAAAAAUAUUGGUGCUGACAAAUAUUUUGGGACUUUUCCUGUGAAAAGGGUCUGCGAUGAAGGAUAAAUCUUUGGAAAAAUCUAAGUUCAUUAGAUUUGAACGUUUCCCUUUUAAGAAGACACCAUCAAAUUUUUUGGUAAAAUGUAUUUUUCGAAAGGAGGAAUGUUCAAAUGUGAAAAAAGAACCCCCAAUAUUAAUAGAUUUUUUUGCUGCUGAAAAAGAUUCUCAAGUAGCUAGACAAGAGGAUACGCAUGCUGAUGUUGAUGUGUUGAAAAGAAAAAUGAAUGGAACGGAUGUGACUGAUAGAUUUGAUGAGGAGUUUCAUGCUGAAAUUGAAAUGUUACUAUAUUCACCUAUUAAAGAAACCACGGAAGUAUUAUCCAGUGUUCUUGAUGGAUCUCCAGAGUUGUCAAGAAAGAAGUGACUAAGAAUAUUUGUAAAAGUUUGAAGGUUAAAAAAAAUUUGAAUGGAAACUUAAAAAAGUUGGCUGAAGAUGCCAUUGGUCCCAACUCAAAAAUUCUCAAGAUUGUUGAUAUGUGAAGUAGUUGUCUUGUGAGAUGCUGAUAUUAUGGUAGUUUAUUUUAUAAGAUGUAAUAUAUGUGUAAGGUAGUU